AUGGCAGUCACAACACAGGCCCUCGUCUCGAGAGAGGUGAACGUGCCUCCGAAGCUGGAGGAGGUGACCCUCGACGCCAUCCAGGCCGACGAAGUUCUCGUGGAGAUCCACGCGACUGGCAUCUGCCACACGGAUUUCUCGUGCAUGAACGGGACACUCCCCUCUGCUUUCCCCAGCGUCCUCGGACAUGAAGGCGCCGGGGUCGUCCUCGAAGUCGGCAAGAACGUAACACACGUCUCUCCAAAUGACCGCGUCCUCCUCAGCUUCGACCACUGCGGCUCCUGUACACAGUGCGAUGAAGGCCACCCAGCCUACUGCACCGAAUGGGUGGCGCGGAACUUCGGGCAGAAGCGACCGGACGGAAGCACGACGCUCGCGUCCGCCGACGGGUCAACGAAAAUCCACGGGAGCUUCUUUGGACAGAGUUCGUUUGCUCGGCAUACGGUUGCCAGCAGUGCGUCGGUCAUCAAGGUCCCAUCGCACACCAGGUUAGACCUGUUCUCGCCGCUGGGCUGUGGGAUCCAGACGGGUGCGGGUGCGAUAUUGAAUACCUUGGAUGUCCAGGCUGGAAAAUCCGUCGCGAUUUUCGGUGUUGGGUCCGUGGGUAUGAGCGCAGUCAUGGCAGCGAAGCUCCGUGAUGCAAAGAUAAUCAUCGCCGUCGAUCUGCAGCCGCAGCGCCUGGAGCUCGCGAAGAAGCUCGGAGCAACACAUACAGUGCUCGGGUCUGACCCUGAUGUUGUCGCGCAGAUCCAGAAGAUUUCUGGGAAGAAUGGCGUCGAUUACUCGGUUGACUGUGCGGGGAUUCCACAGGUUGUUGAGAAGGCGCUGGACUGUCUCGGGACGAGGGGGAAGGGGGCGACUGUUGGUGCACCGACGCCCGGUGUGCGUGCGGGGGUCGAUGUCUUUUCGCAUUUGGUGAUGGGGAGGCAGUAUCUGGGGUGCUGUGAGGGGGAUAGUGAUACGCAAAAGUUCCUCCCGUAUCUCAUUGAGCAGCACGCCCAAGGCCGCUUUCCCCUAGAGGAGAUGAUCACAUACUACCCGGUCGCAGAGUACGAGAGGGCGUUCAAGGAGGUCAAGGAGGGGAAGGCGCUCAAGGGCGUUCUCCUCUGGAACUAG